CUUAAAGUGACAAAAUCCUAAGGACUCGGUCUGGGUGAAUGCCCGUCUUAGUUGAUCUGUGAGGAGAUGUGUUAAUACGUCUACAUAGAUCGUAGGCGACAGAUUCCAGAGAGGUGGCGAGUAGGAAUACGCGAGAGAUAUCCGGAAUAAAAAGGCGACUGAGGGUGAAGCCAGAGCCCACGAAACAGUGGUUUACCAGGUUGUUCCUCGUAUUAUGGGAUUGGGGAGUGGGCGCAGAGGAAUGAAGUCCCCACCACUUCUUAUUGCCGUCCUUCUGGCGUGUGUGUUUGUUUUGGGCAUAAACUACUGGAUCACUAGCUCUCGAUGCGUGGAAUUACAGAGCCGCGUGUUAGAGCUGGAGGGUAGAAUGCGUCGUGCAGCUGCAGAAAGAGGGGCAGUCGAAAUGAAAAAGAAUGAAUUUCAAGAGAAACUGGAGAAGCAGAAAGAACAAAUUGACACAAUACAGUCUUUACACAGCUCACAGAUGCAGAGUGUAAACUCAAUGUGUAAGAGUGAGAAGGAAGCGUUAUUAAACAACAUCACAGUGAAUGAUAAACUUAUACAGAAUCUGCAAGGGCAAAUUAAGAACCUUCAGAAAGAGUUUGCUGAAUUAAAGGAGAGUCAGGCCAAGAAGUCCAUCUUUGAGCUGGCUCAAUGCACCAAUAAAAUAAAGGAGCAGAUUGAGCAGUGUGAAGAGAGGCUGAGGAGGGCAACAGGGAAGGAGCAAAAGCCAACAAUCUCAAAACAAGUCACAGAACAAAAAGACAAUAGCGUUAAAGAACCUAAACAGCUUGAAGACAACAGAAUUCAUGACAUCUCCAAACCAUCAGAAAGCCCCCCAAAAGCAGAAUUUCCAAAAAAAGAAGAAGAGACAAAUGAAGUUCAAGAAAAUGUUGAUCAGACUGAAAAGAAAUCUGCUCCAGAGCCUAUACCGCCAAAGCUAGAAGAAGAGAAAAAGGUGGAAAAUGCACCACAGUCAAAAGAAAUGGCUAAUGAGGACCUAAAAGCGGAGAAUAACGUGCAGGAAAACGAGGAUCAGGAAGCAAAACAAGCGAACAAAGACGUGAACAAGGAAGCUGAAAAUGAGGAGGUAGAAAGGGAACACCUGCUAAAUUUAGAAGAUCAGAUUGAAGACAAAGGUGUUACAGAAGAGAAUCAAGGGGAACAAAAUAAAGCACAAGAAGGACAGAAUGAUUAUAACGGGGAUGAAGGGAACGAAGCUGAACCAGAGGCUGAGAAGCAAGCUCAACUGAUCGAUAAUGAUCAGAAUCUAAAAGUGGAUAACAUAAAAAAUGCAUUGAAGGGGCAGUUACUUGAUGAUGGAGAAGACAAUGAGGAUCCAACCCUUAAAUAAUACGGCUAUAGACUCUUAAUAAUUCUUUUUGCAAAAUUUGGAUUACUGCAGUCACGUGGAUGAUUGAUGCCUUAUGGAAGAGGAGACAGUUUUUGGGACCAGAUGAAGUACUAAGUAGAAGGCAUAUUCAGCACGGAGCAGUAUAACACGAAGACGCUUCUUAAUCCUUUUGAUUCAAAAUGAUUAUUGUAGCCAUAGGACUCAUAACAAUGUUUCUUCCAAAUUCUAAAGCCUUAUCAAAUACUUGCUGAAUAAUUAUGCAAAGGAAAAAAGUCUCAAAUGUGAUUUACGCCGUUGGGUUUGCACAUGGAGUACAGCUGUGUCUUAUAUUCUGAAAGUUAAUCAGCUCAGAAGAGUUAAACAAUUAUGCCAGGAUCGAAGAUAUUUUUUUUAAAGUUGAUUUUUACUUAAUUUAAGUACUUUAAAUGACUUGUUAGUAUUUAGUUUACAUUGCUAGGUGAAUAUUAGUAUUCAAACUCUUGUUAAUAAUCAUCUUUGUUCUACUCCCAGUCUACAUUUGGUCACAUAACAUCUAGCAUCCCUAGUUCCAAAUGCAGGAAUCAGGCCUGUUUUGUGUAUGUAUGAUUACUGUUUUAUGUAUGUAAUAAGUACAGAUGAAGUCUAUAUGACAAUCACUUGUUUAUGGCAUUCUUCAAUCAAUCAGUGGAUUUUCCUGAUCUAACCCUUCCAUGAUCCAGACAUCUCGCAGCUGCUUGAGGACAAUAAAGAAAUCACUACUUAGAGGAACAUAGCACCACACUUUACACCUUGAGAUGACUAGGUCAUGAGUAGCAAUGUAUUUUGACUACAUUUGUCAUCAUAAAAUAAUCUGCUUGCAGUUUGAAAAAACACACUAGGCAUCUAGAAAAAGUAUUACUUUAAAUGUGUACUUUUUUCAGCCCAAAUGCUUCCUGUGCAUUAAAUGGUACCAGAAUGGUAAGAUUUGCCUUUUCUGUUGCAUGGUUUUCUUAUCGUUACUUAACAAUCACUAACUUGUGUAAAUGCACAUUCAUUGGUUUGCCUUAAAAUGUUGUAAGUGGUUAAAACUGCUUUUGUCAUGCAAAUAAAUCUAAAUACUAAUUGACUGUACCUAGAAUUUUAAGCUAUACAAAGCAGAUCUUGAUAUGUAAAGUUAAGAGAAAAUUAUUAGAUGGUUGUAUAUGCAGAACAUAGUCACUACUUAGGAGUAUAUUUGGUAUUUGAGUAAUGUCACUUGAAUAUUAGGAUUUUAUAGGGGGUUGGUACUGUUAUCUAAAGAGAUUAAGUUGUACAUUGAAAUUGUUUUUAUAAUUUAUAAAUUUAUGUUUGUAUUGUAUGAAAAUAUCAGAUUACACACCUUUGGAGAAAAAAGCCUUAGUCGUUUUGUCUCUGUCCAUUUUCAGUUGGGUUUCUCACAUGACAUCAAAAGUAGGAAAACACCCAUUGUUAGCCCUCCAGAAAUCUGAAGAAUAAAAUAUUGCAAUGA